AUGUCCCAUUUCAAUGCAUUAGCAUCAAGUUGGUGGGACGUCAAUGGCCCACAACGAAUUCUUCACAAAAUGAACUUGUUACGUAUGGACUUCAUACACAGUACAAUCCGCGAGAACCUCAAAUUGAACCAACACGCUCAGAGCGAAGACGAUUUGGUUUACAUCCCUCCUUACAACGUCGACUUGUUGCCCAAGCCAAUCAGAGACAAUAUUGUUGGUGAAAUCGAAACUAGACGCGACGACUUGUUGAGUAAUGCCAAGUACAAUGUUCUUGAUGUUGGCUGUGGUGGUGGUAUACUUUCCGAAUCUAUGGCCAGAUUACCAUUCAUCGGUCUGGUUAAAGGUAUCGAUUUAUCCACGGAUGUAUUGGAAGCUGCAAAAUUACAUAAAUUGAAAGACCCAAUGUUGGCUACUAAGCUACAAUACGAGUUAAGUACUAUCGAGGAAUUACCCGAGGACAAAAAGUACAAUAUAAUUACGAUGUUUGAGGUGUUGGAACAUGUAGAUUACCCUGCAAGAGUCUUGAUUGAAGGAUUAAAGAGAUUAGACGUGGGGGGCUGGUUAUUCAUUUCCACGAUUAAUCGUGAUUUCAUUAGUUGGUUUACUACAAUCUUUAUGGGUGAAUAUUUAUUAGGAAUUGUCCCCGUUGGUACUCACAAUUUAGAAAAGUAUAUCAAUCAAACUGAAAUUAAGGAAUGGUUAAACGAAUCACACGAAAGAAAGGAAUCAUUCAGAGUCGCUGAUACUAAGGGAUGUGUAUACUUGCCUGCCUACGGUUGGACCUUCACUUCUUGUCCCGAUGUUGGUAAUUAUUUCAUGGCUAUCCAAAGAGCAAAGUAA